AUGGCCACUAAGGGUGAUCGCAUGAACUUCUUUGAUCGGUUGAAAAACGUUGCUGACGUGCUUUUGGGACAAAUGUACUUUGACAGCACUUUCAUGGAGGAGACUAGAAUUUUCAGGACAAAGUUUGGCUCACAUUUCAAGGACCACGCGGAACUGCUGGCAGAUACCUCUUAUGUCUUCAUAAACUCAAACCCAUACAUAGAUUAUCCUCGCCCGAUGCUUCACAAAACUGUUCCAAUUGGCGGAAUAGCUGUCCGUGUUGAUUCGGCGAGAGACAUGCUAUCAAAGGUACCAAUCUUUGCUGAUCAGACAAGAAAUGCCAAUAUGGUCGCCAAACAUGGUGGAGCUGUAGUUGUGACAAAAUCUGCACUGAAGUGUCCAAAAACGCUCAAGGAAGCUCUGAAAAGAACCCUUUAUGAUCCGAGCUUUGCCGAUAGUGCCAAGCGACUGUCGCAAAUGCUUCUGAAUCAGCCAAUUAGUGCAAAGCAGCUCCUCGUCAGACACAGUGAAUUUGCUGCCAGACCGGUGAACAUCAAUGCUUUCAAACAGCAACUGGAAAGUAAUUUGGACGCCUGCCGAACCUCGACCCCUACGGCCGACGUUUAUCAUUUCAUGGCGUAUUAUUUGAUCGACAUUUUUCUGGUUGCCGCCUGUACUAUUACUGUCAUUGCCUUUGUUGUCAUUAAGAUCGUUAGCAGAAUUUUCUGGCUCAAAGUCAAGAGAAAGAAAGAAUAG